AUGACGCACAAGUACCGCGGCUACCGGGACUUCGCCCUCCCGGAGUCGUUUGCCUUCUGGGGACGGCCGCACUACGGGGCGCUGCUGACGCCGCCGACGACCGAGACGCACACGAGCUUCUCCCCGCGUCGCGGAGAGACGCACGGGUGGACCUCGCGCUCCAGCGGGUCGCCGGAGCCGCACAUGCGAGUGCGUGGCACCGCCAACCUGGAGACCACGGGCAUGGUCGGAUCGCCGGUGCACCGCGGGGCGCGCUCGGCUGCUGCGUCCCCCAUGCUAGGGUCCACGACAGGGGCCUCGACGAUCAACUCGCGCCCCUCGACGGGGCUCGGGGCGACCGCGCGCAGCACCGCGGCGUCACCUACGUGGAAGGAGUGCGCAGCCAUCGACGGCGGCGUGCGGAACCUGUGCUCGGCGUGGACGCCGUCCCGCCCCACCUCGCCCGUCCGUGCGCACGGCAAGCACGCCGGGAGCGACGCGUGGUCGACGCAGUACAUGCGCAUGACGGACAACAUCCCGCGCGCGCGCACCCAACGCCUGCCCAAGCUGCACCUGUGA